AUGAAUUUACAAUUUAAUAUUUCAAAUGAUAAUAAUAAUCGUCGUACUCAUAUGUCUGCAAAUCGACAACGAAAAAAUUCCCAUCCUUAUCGAAAAUUUCAAACUGGCUCAACUACUACUUUUUCCGGUUAUACCAAUAUAUCCAACUAUAAUCAUAAUACAAUUGCUACUGCUAGUAAUAAUAAUAAUAACAAUAAUUAUCAUCAACAAAAACAAUAUUAUAACAAUAAUAAUAUUACUCAUUUAAAAGCUUCAGAUAGUAAGAAAAUACCUUGCCUUAUGUCUGUUGAUCUUUUUCAACAACCACCAAGAAAAAAUCGUCGCAAAAUACAACAUGCUGAACAAUAUAAACAACAAACAUUAUUAGAUCAACACGAAAUAACGAAUACAAACCAAUAUAGAACAUCAACGUCAACAUUAAAAAAGUUAAACGGUUUAAUUUUAUCGGAUUCAAUGUGUAACAAAAUGUUAACAUUUUUAGAAAAACAAAACAUUGAUCGAAGUAGUAUAUUCCAAGCUGAUUUUGUUCUUUUCUCUCUAUGUACAAAUGAUGUUGCUAAUUUAGGUCCUGAACUUGCUAUAAAAAAUUGUCGUAUUUUGAUAGAACGUGUACGACAAUUAUUUCCUCAUUUGAAAUCAAUUGGAUGGCUAGCACUUUCACCACGAUCAAAACCAUCUAAAUUAUUCAAUUCUAUAACUAUUAACGAGAAUUAUCAGGAAUUUAAUCAAUAUCUUAAUAAAUUAUCAAAGGAAAUGAAUUUCAAAGUAAUCGAUGCUAAUCUUCAACAUCAACACAUGCAUCACGACGGCUUACAUCCGUCAAUACAGUCUGGGCGUGUUCUGAUCGAAAAAGCACUUUAUAAUUGGUUUGUAAAAGAGACGAAACAUUUUUCUAUUACAUCGUAUCAUCAACCUACUAUUAUUGCUAACCAUCAUCAUCAUAAUUAUACUACAAUUGCUCAUAAUAAUAAUAAUAAAAAUACUAAUAAUUCUCAUCAUCAUAACUCUACUACUACUACUACUAAUAAUAAUAAUAACAAUCGUGCUUUAAUAAUAAUAGGAAUUCUUACAAUAAGAACAAUACAUUAA